AGUCAUUCUUGUAGGAGAUUUUGAUUGAGGGCUUGUCUCUGUAGGUGGUAACUUAUGUCCAGGCAUGUGAUCGGGUUUAGACCUGCUCUACUGGCAUGAGGUAUUCAACAAAACUCAUGAUAUCUUGGAUACAUCAUGUCCAGGGACGACCUUUCAUAUCGUGCUACACCGGUAAAUAUGUUUCCAAGUCCCCAGCUGUCAGCAAUGCUUAUCAUCAGCUUGCUACCUGCAGAAUGCAUCGACAGAGUGUGAGAUGAUUUCUCCGGUCAGAGAGAUCUGGAUAACACCUUCCAGAUCUCUCUCCUCUGUAUGUUUGAAGGGACGGGAAACCCUCGAUAAUCCAGUAAAUUAAUACUUACCGAAGAGGCUCUGUCUGUUCAUACUGGCCUUUCCUCGUAAUAGUCGUCCACCUACACCGAUCAGAAGCAAAUGGAUUUGAGAAAGUCCGAUUCGUCUGUUCCCAACAGUUCCAGGCGGACGCAAUUGUGGACUCAACCCCUUAGAGUCCUAAGACGAAUCAAACGAUCCGUGGCUACAGGCAGAAACUAGCGAGGAGUUCUUAGCAUCAUUGUAACAAGACAUCCUUCGUUGAUAUAGUUGAUGGGGUCUUUUGCACCUAAAUCAAUUUGUCACGAUGCACCACGGCUGUGCAUUCUCUUCCAAAGAACUGACAUGCACACAUAAAGUGACUGCACAGCUGAUGCCCACUCGGUUAUUUGGAGCGGAAAACAUCUCAUUGAAGCACUGGACGGUUAGGAAGUGCAAAUGCAUAACUGCGAUGCCGAAGCAUGUUUUGAAUUGACACUUGGUCUUGCUCCAAUUACUGUUGAAAUACAGAGUGAUAUUACGUGACAAGUAUUUCGUACGUUCAGACUUGUCAGACUGCUUCUCAGGUUUCAGUGACGACAACUUAGUCAGCCGUGUAAGUCAUUCAAGAAGAUGAAGACAUAAGGCAGACUUUUUCAUCAAUCAGUGAAACUGAAUUUAACGAUCGAAAGCCCAUUACAGAGAUUUCAACUUUCAGAAUGAUCACAUCCGCAGAGGUGACGACAGACAGAACUGUAGUCCAUCUCUUCUGAAUUUGUGCUUAUGAACGUCCAAGGAGAAGGUUAAAGCUCGAUCAGUCAGAGUAAGUCCGGCCUCCUCCAUGCAUGUGUCAGAAAAUAGGGUCUGAGGAAUAUUGCCUUCACGACCGAGGUCAAGACUGGACAUUUCGAGGGGUUUCGAAGGCAGAUAUAUUUCCCUAGUGACGAAAUCUAAAUCGAAGUUCGAGUAAAGAUCAGGUCUUACGCC